CCUGUCCGGCGGUCAUGGAUCGCCGGAGAGGAACCUCGGCUGAUCAGGCUUGUCACGCGCCUCUACCUCCGGUGGCGGUACCGCAGGCAAGGUGCACGACCAAGUGCGUGUGCGUGCCGGGCCCGGGCCUCCCGGCUUCGGAGACACCGAGGCUCGACGACGAGUUGGAGUUGGAGGCGCAGCGCCGGCCAUGGGCGGACCUGCCGGCGGACAUCCUCGGCGUCGUGGUCGGCCGCCUCGCCCUCUUGGAGGACCGCGCCAGGCUGCGCUCGGUCUGCCACGCGUGGCGCGCCGCGGCGCCCCACCACCGGCAGCGGCCGCCGCCGCUGCCCCUGCUCGUGCUGUCCGACUUCUCCUUCGCCAGCUUCCGCGAGGAAGGGACCAUGACGGGCGCGCGCCGCCGCGUCCCGCUGCCGGAGACGGAGGCGGCGGAGGAGGUUGGCAGUGACGGCGCACGCUGCGUCGGCUCGUUCGAGGGAUGGCUCGUGGGCGCGGAGCGCGACCCAAGCCGCGGCAUUGGUGACCUCCGGUGCUUCUUGAUGAACGCGUUCUCCGGCGAUGUCGUCCGCCUCCCGGCUCCUUCCGCCGCCGCCCACCCCGACGACGCACUCAUCAGCAGGUCCCUCCCCAUCGCCAAUGGCGGCGGCUCCGAUGCGGUGAUGAAUUGCGUGAUCAAUGCUGCGGAGUGUGUGAUGUCGUUUCGCAAGGUGGUCUUGUCGUCCUCACCGGAGCCGGGGACCGGCUGCGUUGUGGCCGCCAUCUCCAUGAUCGAGGACACUACCAAGCUUGCUCUCUGGCGACCUGGAACGAAGUCAUGGUGCGUGUGCUCCGGCAGCUGUGUCCCCAAGUUCACCGAUGUAGUCUUCUGCCAGGGGAAGCUCUAUAUGCUCAGUUGCAGCGAGCUCACCACAGACCUCUUUUCCCUCGAUCUCUCCUCCUCCUCCUCCUCCGAUGACGACAGCGGCGGCCUCAUCGUCGUUUCUCGUAUCGACCGUCGUGAAAUCGAAUGGCCUGAGGUCACGGACGGCUACCACCAGAACUGGAGCAUGGUGGAGUGGCGUGGAAAGCUCUUGAUAGUCGCGACGUACACGAGCGACGUCGAUGCUGAAACUUGGCAGAGAAUUGUUGAGGUCAGGGUGUUCGAGGCGAGCUUGAGCACAGACCCUGUCAGGUUCACCGAGAUCAAGAGAUUGGAUGGCGACUGCGUCUUCAUCAGCCCAUGCAACAGCAGGGCAUUUCGUCCAUGUCAGUGUGAUGGAGUUGAAGAUGAUCGUAUCUACUUCAUUGAUGGAUACCUCCCCCCUGACAAAAAUGCCCGCCCUUUGGAUAAAUUUGUGUACAGCAUGAAAGAUGGUACAAUGGCACCGUUUGCUGCAGACAUACCGGAGGACAAACUUCAGGCGCCAGAUGGUAGGCUGAUGCAUCCAACAUGGCUGUUUCCUCCUGAAUGAACACUGCUGCAGGUCAACUCUGUCACUCUGAUCCUGAUGAGUUUUAUUGUACACUAAUGAUUGAUUGGGGCCAGGCGCCAUUUCCGAGAGCUGAAACAAGUGUCAUACUGUUUUAUGCCUGAUUCCGGUGACUGUUUUUAGUAGGAAAGUUUUGUGUUCUUAAGGUUUUUUUUCAAGUUCCUCUGAGAGGUAUUAGCGCUUAUGCACUUGUGGAUCGG